AGAUAUAUUGUAUCUCUCCUCUAUGUCCUGAAGGCAGACUUUUCCGCGCCACGUUAUAAAAUCUGAAGUAUAUAAAAAUCGCACUAUAGAACCCAAGUAGUCAAUAAAAUGUGAAAUAUUUGACGUUCCUCAAAAAAUGACGUUCUUGAAGUCUGAUUUGACGAAAGUGGGUGAAAUUGUCCGCAAGUGUGGCAUUGAAGAAAAAUUUGAAAGUUGUAGGAAGCCCGAGAAAUGGAUGCUAUUAACGUUUUAGCCGAGAGUACGAUUAAAUUAGAAGAGGUUAAGCUGGAACCGGAUGAUCAUGCUGAGGAUAAUGUUUGGAAUUGCACAGAAGGAUAUUCAUCCUACUCUGCAAAGAGAGGAGAGGAAGAGGAGGAAGAUGAGGAGGAAGAACUCAAGCCACUAGUCAGAGUGGAUAUCAAGGAAGAGUUCGUUGGAGAUGAGGGACAGCAAUAUGACAAUGCCAAAAAUUCUACACCAAUGUCUUGGCCUUGAGUGAAAAGAAUUCUUCAAUA